AUCAACGUAGGGCCACCUUCGUUUGAUCGAUAAACUCUUUCAAAGUUAUUUUUCGGUAUAAACUUCGGUCGCUGCUAAAUUGACGCGUCGAGGAGUAGGUCGAAGAAAAAUCAUUCGAGCGUGCACGGUGCGAUAAUUAUAAAUAAACGUUGCGACGAAACGAGGUGUACUUUUUAUCGUCGGUAUGUGCGAUCGAUCGAAAUGGAAGCCGAGGUCGUAUUGUUACUCCACGAGGAAGAUAAAAUCCGUUCCGAGAACAAAGUGGGAGCGUCAAAUCACGUCGGACGAAGAUUAUUGGCGGCAAUACGUUCGCGAGAAAGAGAAAAAUCUGCUAGUAAGAGACUCCCGUCCAAACUUAACCCGUUUCCCUUCGGUCCAAAGAUAUCCUCGAACUUUGUGUCGUGGGAUUCGUAAUAACGACGACGCGAGUAAUAUCGACGAGUCGACUGGUAACGAAAGAAAACCUCUCGUAGAAUCCUUAACGAAUUUUCCAUCUUAUAGGUUAAGCUCGUUUACCGAAGAGAACGAUUUCGCGAAUAUUAGAGAGCCUGUGGUUACGGUCCUUCCUCCUGCGCCAUCGAAACGACCUACCGAAGCAUUUAGUACGCGCAAAGAGGAGCGCAUGAGAGCUCUUGCCGAAGAUACAUCGUUUCGAAAAGAAUUUUCCUCUCUUGUUCGUGUGAACGUUCGAAAUGCUUCGAGGGAGAAGGCGAAAGUUGACAAAACUCGUUCGAGAGAAGGUCCUUCCUUUCGCGAAAACGAUCGCCCGAAUGGCGAGAAGUCGUCGAGGAGUCGAACCGACGAGACUCCUUUAAAGGCCGCGAAUAAAAACUAUUUAGAAUCGCUCGACGAUCGAGAAGCUUUUACUUUCGACGACAUCGACGUUAACUCGGAUUUAGAAGAUAAAUCCAAUUACCGGAUAUGCGCGCUAAAGAAACGUACCGAGGGAAACGAAGGAUCCUCGACCGACGACGACUUUUCAAAAUAUUUCGUUCGAUCUGCUCACGAAGCCUUGAAACGCGUGACGAAACAUUCGCGUUCCGCGAAUCGGCAAGUAAACGAACCGACGAAGAAGGUCGCGACAAAGGGGCGUUCGGAGAAAUAUGAAAAAGAGUUUAUAAACGUUCCCUCGAUCUCGUUGAAACCGCUAUUUAGUUUCGGUCGCGUCGAGGAAGAUGUCGGAGACGAUUCGCCGCGUACGAGUCUAACGGCGGAUUUUCUAAACGGAUUGCCAAAGAUGUCGCAUUUUCCGCGAAAGAAACGCGAUCGAUGUCUCUCGUGUUUGUACAAAUCCCUCGAGGAGAUCGGCGCGUCCUCGAGAAAGGACGCGUACGAGAGGAGGAAGGGCCGGGAGGAGGAGGGGAAGCAGCAUCAGCGAGACGCAUCCGUCGAGCGCGAGAGCAAUGGCGACGUUAGUUCCGAGGAGUUCGAAGGCGAACGAAAUCGGAGUGAUUUCGGCGCGCGCGAGAAGGUUGGACUCGCGCUGAUGGAGCGUAGCGGCGAAUGCAGCGAUAUCGCGGAGGAAAAGAAAUUGGGCUUGCCGAGUGCAGGAGAAGGAGCCGAAGAAGGGAAGACGUCCGUCGACCGAGUUACGGAGACGGAAGGACGCCUGCCAGUUCCGGAAUUGGGAUCAACGCGUCCAGAAGGUAAGAGGAUCGCUUUCGAAUCCAUCUCCGCGUCGUCCAGAGGUACCUCUGAUUCGGACGAGGACGACUCGAGCGUCGAUUUGAUCGAGCAUUCGUCGACGAGAUCGAAGCACAGACCGGCCUGUCACGCACCGACCGUUUUGUCUCACACCUUGGAGCCUCUCAGAGCGUUGAGAUCGAGAAAGUCGACGAGCGUGCAAGCACGCGUGGCUCUCGACGAAUCGGCCGAAUCGACCGAAUCGCCGAAGAUCGUGGCCGACGGGAAGAGUCGCGAGAUCGCGUCGAAAGGAACGGGGCAAAAGGCGACCUUGACGGAUACGAAGAGAGCGAAAGAGGAGGGUGACUCGAAGCGGGUUAAAAAAUUGACCAAAGUCGAAUCGGUUUCGGAGAAUCUGAUCACCGACGUCGAAGUCAACGAAGCGAAGGAAAAAUCUCUGUUCGCGAGGAGCUCCAGUUGUAGAGACUUCGAGCGGAUUUUAAGGGAUUCUACGAAAGGUACGGAGCUGGCGUCGCCGCCGGGCUUGUGCUCGUUGGCCGAGGACGGACCGUUUCGUUGUUUGUUUUCGAAAGGGGAGAUCGAGGAGACGUUAAGAAAUUUGGAGGAACGCGAGGCAUCGCCGACGUUCGCGUUGUCCGCUCUUUGCGACAUGUUUUUAAAUCGAAUUUUAGAGUCGAGCGAUAAGCGAGAUAGGAGGCGCGAUAACGUAGCGAAACGCUUGGUGAAAUUAUUGGUAGAAUCGAGACGUUAUUCGAAUCCCGACAAGUUCCCGUCUGACCUGAUAUUUUCCUCGAAACAGCGACCGUUGUUGAACUGUCAGCGAUUAAGGAGCAUCCUACCCCUCGAUUCUUACAAUCUGAUCGCACCUUUGCUGGGAAUACCCGAGUACCACCCGACGUUCUCCUUCUCCCUUCGCAAGAGGCUCGAACCGGCGAAGAGACCGUCCGACAAAUCGGACUCGCUCCCGGAUAUUCUGGACGAUCUAAUCGUACAUCCGCCGUCUUCGAGGGACAGCGCGAUCUCGUCCGAAACGAUCGAGACGACCCGAUACAAUCCUUACGGACUUUUCCUGCAGAAAGAGAGACGCAAGGCCGUCGUUUGGCGUCCCUUGACGGAAUUCGACUUAAAGGGCUACGAUCCGCAAGCCACUCUUCGCAUGAGGGCCGACAAGAUCACCACGGACAUAUGUAAGGAAUUUUGCGAUUGGUUGAGGAGCUUAGGAGGCUUCGAAAGAGGCAUCGACGAGAGGAUUCUCAAGGACAUGUUCGAAAUUAGUUUUUCAGCGGACGCGUGUAAAACGACUCAAGUCAACGUGAAAGAGAUGGCUACCGUUCCGACGGACGUGGCAUUGGCGAGAAUGUGUCACGAGGCGAGCGUAUUGGCAACGACGAGGAAACAACUCGAGAGGGAUGCCAAGGCUGAAAGCAGACCCAAACGCACCUUGGCAUUUGGCACGUCGAUGCCGAUCGAUCUGUUGUUCGUGCCGCCUACCAAUCGCGUUCGAGAAAGGUGGCUCGAAUGUAAAAACGUGCCGCGAGAACUCGAAACGAUGGACAUAGUUUGGAACGGGAUAACUCAUUUGGAGAGCGUGCAAGCUUUCGUAAAGUGGUUACACAGGCACCCGGAGGUUAGCCCACCUAAAAUAUUCAAGCGCGCCGUACUUCCGAAAAACGUCCGAAAGUUCGUCAAGAAAAGAGACACGGAGAUGUAAGGACGAAUCUCUUGACGUCAGCGCACGGCAACACCGAACGUAAAUUUAUGUCGGAUCACUUAACGUUUGGAGAUAUCUAAUCGAUUUACAAUACAACGAAGAAAAUGUCUCUGGAUGGGAUACCGUGUAAUCAACGGUUUAGCUCGGAUUUUCUACGCGCAAACACGAGCAGGCGUGCCAACCAAUAAUACCGUUCGAUGACACGAUACCAAACGCCCGUUUCGUGUAUGUGGCGUACGGUUAACCCCUAAAGCCAACGCAGUACCUCGAAUCGAGGACGAAAAGUUUACGAGCGCGAAACCAUAGCGUUGAUUUGCCUAUUCGCCAAAAACUAUCAUAAACGGUGACGUUCUCUCGCGGUCGGUGUAACUGAUCUAUCGCUUUCUUUUAUCCGUUUUUUAUUUAUUAUUAUUUUUUUUUUUUUUUCAUAGAUCCUCCCCGUCGCCAUCGAACGCUUUAAAUAUAUCUCGAGAAUCGUUCGUCGAAGGGUAUUAACGGAGAAUCUUCCACGUUAGACGUGCAACUUAUCAUGGAUCGUCGUUAAGCGCGCCGUCGAUAAUGACGUAGGACUCCCGACCGUAAGAAAUAUCAAAAAACGUAACGUAAAGCCAAACUCGACUCGCAGCAUCUGCUUACGACAGGAACACGUCCGGGAUAUCGCCCUCUCUAUCGUUGGUUUCAAACCCGAGGCGAAUAAGGAGAAAAUAAAUAAAAAAGGAGAAAGGAGAACUCUUUUCUUCCUCUCUCUCUCUCUCUCUCUCUCUUUGGAAGGCUUCGUCCACCUUCUCGGCUUCGUUUCUCUCCUAGCAAAUAAUUUCGUGAUAACGAGCAUCGAAUCGAUGUCGCACGCUUCUCAUUCGUGCUACCAACUCGAGAAUAAAGAUUUUCAAAAUUUUUUAAACUUUCCACGAGGCGAUAUAGAAGAGGGUAAUGGGUAUAAAACUUGGACGAUUUGUUGAAGGAAAGUAAUCUUGUGAAAAAUAGAGGCUCUUGCCGAAAUAUGAUAAAACGCCGAAACGAAAAGGUUCGAGACGAAGGAGAAGGAUGUGUUCCGCACGCUGUUCCUUCGUCGUUGUUACGCGCAAACACGUGGAAAAAUCUAGGCGCUCACCGCAAAGACAGCCCUCGACGUUCCUCCGCCACGUUCAAUCCUUUCCCUCGCGUUAAUUGAGCUAAAAAGAUGAAAAAAGAGCGUCGCCGUACGUUUGCCUGCGUGCUCGGCUAUUCGUUAUUCGCGCAGCUCUUUAUUCUUUCUUUCCCAGGAAUUUCCCACGAGGCCAGCGGCCCUUUCUCUCUCUCUCUCUCUCUCUCUCUCUCUCUCACUUGGCGGCGCAGAAGAGAGAAGAAGAGAACGAAAGGGCGACGAAAUGGAGCUCCGAAAGAAAGCACAAAGGGACCGUGCAACGAGAAAAGAGGACGAGCAUGGAGAACGAAGUCGAAUGAGGUACGAGAGGGAGAAGGGAAGAGAGUAUCGGCGCAUUGGUCAUCGCCCGUUCGUUUCGCUUCGCUUGGAACGAAGACUUGCGCUCGAGCGAGAAAUUUAACAAGGCACACGCUUCCGAGACCGACAAUAGCCAACUUUAUGGGCCCCGUCGAAUGCUCCGAUUUUAAUUACUUCAAUUUCAACUUCCACUUGGUCGUCCGGUCAUCCGCUCUUUCUCUUCUUCUAUCCGUCCAUCUUUCUACUUGCGUAAACGUGGACCGAUGCGAACGAUCGAGCGGCGCAUAUCGUCGAAUCGAAGCAAAGCGUCUUUUCGAAACGAGUCGGUCGACCUUUCGACGAAAUAUUCGUACGUAACGUAGAAUAAGUGCGUUGCUUACAUCAUUGCCUUCGUCCUAUCGUCUACGAGCGCUUUAUUAGAAAAUUUACAAAGUCGUUAUCGAUCGCUUGCUCGAUUUUAAGUAAUUAAGUGGGUUCGAUGUCGCAACGUCAACGUCCUUGUACCUCCGCUUAAUGAACUCGAGUUUGGUGCCACUAGCAAAGUCCGUUAAUUUUGUUUCACCCUCAUUGAUUUUAUAAAUGGUCGAGGAGACGUUCGAAGGUCUUUGGAAAAUUCGACGUAUUUGUCGGGAGCAUCGAACGUGUCUGCUAGAUCGAACCAUCUCCUCGUCAUAUCUUUCCCUCUCUCUCUCUCCCGUUCUCCCGUCAUGUAUUAUUCAUUUCGCCAAGUUCGCACUUAAAAAUUCUGCCUUUCGAUCGCCUAUCUCGAGCCGCAACUUCUCGUUCGAGAUUUCGAAGCAAAGUCACAAAGGAAGGAAGUACGUAGGUAGUCGGGCCCUUCGCAAAGUAGAUUGACUGCAAAGUAGAUACGAAGGGAAUACGCGAAGAAUCGCUUCACGACGCUCUAUUUCUUUCCCCUCUAUUUCUCUCUUUCUCUCUCUCUCUCUCAUACUCUUGCUACGAAUACACGAGAUCGAGAUCGCGAAUCGAGUGGAAUUUCAAGGGAGAUUGAAAUUUUUUGUAUCGACGGGGGAUCAACGAGAAAAUCGCAACGACUAAAUCGACUAAUUCCUGAUCACCGAUUACAGUUAUGUCUAUAUCAUUCAAAGUGACCUCGUUGAACGAAUUAUCACAGAGAAAGAGAGAGAGAGAGAGAGAGAGACGAUUGAUUGAAACAACGAUACAGAACGCGCUACUUAAAGUCGCAUUCUCUCAAUGAAAUUGAAACGAGAAACGAUAAUCGCGCUUAAUUGUGUAAGGCGCAGUAAGGGAAACGUUAAUGCAUUAUACCUUAUCGUUCUUUCGAUUACGCGUUCCUAGCAGCGAUACGAUACGAAAUUAAGCUCGCAAACACGCCGCAGUCUCGUACGUUUACAACGACUGGAUUCUGAAACCGUUCUGCGGUUUUACUAUUAUCGCCUCGGUACAUGUAAUUACAAUCUGUCGUUUCGUUUAGUAUCGAGAUAGAAAUGCGUACGAGGGUUUGUUUGAAAUUUCUCCCUGCCUAUCGUUAUUUCUCCCAUUCCUUUCUCCGUAUCUCUUUGCAAAGUCGUUACGUUUGGGUAGUACCUUUCUCCUAUAUCGUACUCCAAUUUCAAACAAUUAUUAUUAUUCUCUCUCGUCGAUCGUUGUGUUAAAGAUUUCAUGAAUAAAACUAGGACGAACGAUCCUGGUACGCGUCGACCAAGAGUUGUAUAACGCGUGUAACGUACAUAUGUACAUUCGCGUAAAUGGAACAAACUCGUGAUUUUUAUAAACUUUGGUUUAUUCAAAUGGUGACAACUCGUCGAAACGACUAUUUUCGAAAAAGAAAGAAAAAUAGAAAACAACGGAGGGAGAGGGAGAGAAAGAGAGAAGCGAUGCCGACAAACAAUGAAAACCGACUAUCCCUUUUUCGUUUUGAAAUACAGGUGGCAAAGAAACGUGCUUCUAGGGCGAUUCGCUUCGUAACACGUUCGUUGCUCGUGACAUACGAAACGGCGCAAACGCGUAAGUGUAUCUAUCCGUACGUACAGCGUCGAGGAACGUGUGUACGAGGAGAAAAAAUGGAAGGGGGAGAAAGAGACGCGUAUGUAUGCUCUUUCGUAAAUCAGAUGGGAAGCGUUUCCUGCUGGCAGUACGAGCUCGUUCGAUCUAUUGUUGCAAAGUCUCUAACCGUGCCCGUAAUGUCCACACGAACCUAUUAUGAGUUCUAUCUUCGUUGCCUUUGCCGAUGGUGUUGCCACUUUUCGCAGGCCUGCUUCUCUCUCUCUCUCUCUCUCUUUUGUGUCCGUUCCUUUUCCUUUCGCCCAUACGCGUACCGACGUAUAUACGAGUAAAUAUACAUAGAUAUGAUGUAUGUACGUACACACGUAAAUGCAAUACUCCACUCUUCCGAUUUCCACGCGUCGGCACCUAUGGUCCAUCGAUCCGCGAGCAACUCUGUUAUCGUUUUCCGGAGCAGUCCAACGAUAAAACAACGUUAAAGCUAACGAAGUGUGGACCAAACGAAUAAACGAGAGUUUCUUUUGAUCCACGAUACAAAACGUAGCCGCUUGUUCUCGAAUUAAUUGGUAGGAACCGGAAAAAGUAUGUGAGGUGAAAGAAGGAAAAAGAAAAAAAAAAAGAAAAGAAAAGAAAAUUUCGUAACGCGCGGAAACCCAUUCAAUCUCUUUAGUUUCUUCGGUCUUCCCGAUUGAAUCGUUAACACAUACGUAUAAAAGUGGAUAAGAGUGGUUCCUUGUAAAGGACGAAAGGGAACGGUCCUACGAAGAUGAAGAACCGAGGAUGCUCGAAUGAAAUUUAGCCCGCGCUAAACGGAACGUCGAUGCCUAUCCUUGCGAAUUAGUUACAGCGAGCAGGAAGAAAAUGAAGAUACGCUUUUUCUUUUUCUCUUCUUCUUUUCUUCCUCUACUUCCUCUUCUUUCCUGUUCCUUCCUUAUUUAUUUUUUUUUUUUUUUCUUACUUUUGCAUCGAUUCGAGUCCGUAGAAAAGGAAGAGAAGAUCCUUGUAAUAAUCUCGUUCCAAAGGGGAGCAGACGUCGAAAGUAAGUUCAAGCUCUUCCUGCCGGCGGUUAAUUUCAACCAUUCCAACGCGUUUUGCGCUCCGCGCUCUCAUAAACGCUCGUAGAGAAACGAAUCUCGCUUUCGUAGUCGAUUCAAAGCCCGUAAUGAACUUUGGCUGACAUCCGGUUUCACCCGGAAGGCCACUCCCAUUACGGUAGACUCUCUCGGUAUCGUUACAUCGAUGCAAACACACCGAAACCAACAACGAUUCUUCUGUUUCGUUCGUGCGUCACGUAUUAUUGUAAAGGACGCUAGCGUUGAUGACGAGCCUUUGGCUCGUUUCCUCCUCCUCUUCCUCCACUUCUCCGCUUUUGUCCGAGUCGCUCAGUCUCUCGGUAUCCUUCGAACCGUUGACUUCUCUGUUGUUUUAAUAACUUACGUAAGAUAGAUUUACUCCUGAUAAAUGGUAAAAGCUGUCGCGUUCGAAACGGUUACCGAUCGAUGCCCGAUCGAAUCCAACGUGAAAAAAGUAACGAGCGAAAGGUUCGUCCAAAUUUUCCAUCGUACGUGAAAGCGACCGUUCGUGAAAGGGUACGCUCUAACGGAGCUUAUUUAAAAUGGCAUUCUGGACGUUCAACUCGAGUGGAUUUCAAGCUUUACGCGAGUCGAUCGAUUCUCGCCAAGGGAAUCGUUACUCGACGAGGAACAAUUAACGCGUUUCGAAGAACGUGGAAAACUCGACGGGUUUCCAUCCCUUUCUACGUUUCCACGUUUCUGAGUUCUAUGCAUCGCAAAGAAGAUGGAUGGAUAGAGAAACAGAGAGAAACGGAGUAAGGAGGAAGGCACGAGAGCUUUUGCGUAGGCUUAUUCAAACGGUACCUCUCUCAAACGCGUGACAUCGGGACCCUCCUUCUUCAAAAGUAAGCAAAGCAAUUAGACAGAAUUACGAAGGAAAGAGAAUGAGAAAUAAAGAGAAAGAGGGUGAGUGUGUGCGAGAGAGAGAGAGAGAGAGAAAGCGCGCGUAAAAAGGGAGCAAGCCGGGUGAAAAGUGGGUGGUCGACACUUCCACUUGGUUUAACCAAACCCUCGGCCAUGGACGAGCAUACAUCGUCUUCUUUUCAAACCCCUAGUCUCUCGAGAGAUCCGGACGCGUUACGUCCCUGCUGCAUGCGAUAUACCUAGGUAUAUGGGACACCGCUUAAGACUACGCAGUUGUACUUGGAUGAUAUCGAUCGAAAAUUAGUCUCGUUCGUUUCGACGAGGGAAAUAAGAUGAGACGACUCGUAUCCGACGAGUACCAUGCGAGAUAGCCGCGUUGUCGGAUACGUCGAAGAAAAUCCUAAAGGUAUUACCUACUUUCUAGUCCUCAUAGACCAACGUGAAUACGUACGUUGGAAACGCACUUGCAUUAUCCAUUAGUAGAAAAAGUGGAUAACGCUAUACACACUUGGCUCUCUACACGUUCGAUCUCGCAACACCCCGGGCAGAGGGCUUCUCUCCUACGUUCUGGAGGCGAACGACGGGUAUGGGGGAUCGAUAGGGGAUGCCGAGCUCUGCAUAGGGUGGCAUAGGUUCGCAUCGUUGCAGAGAAGGCCGCAAAGUAUAUUUACAUACGGAGCCUCGGUCAAAGCCUUUACUUUGCACGAGUAUUCAUGCACUCGUCUCCUGCCACGACAUUCUCCGCUGGACGGGAGAAUCCACUAUCGUUCUCUUAUUCGACCGAAUUUAGAAUGAUACUCUCGCAAAUCCGUGCACCUCGAGUAGAAAUUUCUAAACGAAAUUUCGAAACGUCGCGCCUCGCCGAUCCGCCGCGUCACGGGAAUUUUAUUACCAACAUUUUUUCAUCGACUAAACUCGUCGAAACUCGUCUACUCUCUAUUUCUCGGCUUUCUCCGUGAAGCAGCGUACUUGUUAUCAUAGAAAAAGUUAGAAAAUUUCUAAACGACGUCUCCGGUAGUUCGUUUCUCGCGAAAGGCGAGAACGCUUCGGGGUUGCGAGGACACCUAGAACCGAUCGAAAGGCUCUCUCGACUCAUAUUUUUCAGUAUUUUCGAGUGCGAUAAGCCCGUGAGGUAGAAUCACGCGAGGCAUCCUGUGGCGAACGGAAGAGGCGAAGGGCGAUCGUCGGUGUCCCUGACGAGCGAGGAGGGAGGAGGGUAAUUGCGCGUCGGGUUUGACUUAUAGCUUCUAAAUCAGUGUCAAAAGGCUGCGACCCUUGCGUACCCGUCCUGCUUCGCCAAAUGUAUUUUAGAUAAACUUUGAUCGAUUUCUCGCCAAAAUUCUGCCUUCUUUAAUCUCCCUCUCUUUUUUUCGCCAACGAAAUUCCUUGGAAAUAUGUAGAAGACACAUCGAAGAUGUCACAUCGUGGGAGUUUUCUUCGUAAAAAGGAAUGCGUACGAGAGAUAUCAAGAGGAUUUAAGCGUUUCGCCCGGAUACUUGGCUCUCCGGAGUGGAUAUCAUGCUCGAGUAAUUCAAGCCGUUGCCAGGUGCUUAGCAAAGUUUCAAUUGUACUCUUCGUGCGUGAUACCAGAAACGUUGCCUCCUCGUCGUCUCCUUCGGCUGGUAAGCAGCUAAACGAGAGAGAGAGAGAGAGAGAGAGAGAGAGAAAGAGAGAGAAGGAUAGGCUGG